UGAUGUCAUGAUGAAUGUGUCAUUUUCCAGCAAUAAAUAUGCCUCAGCCAAGUUUAUUUUCCAUAAAAGCCUACGUGGUUUAGUUACAGAGAAGUAGAUUUGAGGCAACGCCAUGAGUCAGUAACAGUGGGAGAUGGCAGCAGAGAGAAGAGGAAGUUGUUCAUUUUCUACCACGACAGAAACUCACACAUGUUCAGUUCGAUGGCGGUGAUGAAACAGGACGGACAUGCGAAAAGUUGAAAUCAGUUUUAUCAUCUCUCAUCUCACCUUCCAUUAAAAUGCUGAGGACAUCAAGUCGUGCAGAUCCAAAGAUGUCCAAUGAUGAGGACACUUUUGGAUCUAAUGUGGGGUCAGAGGUCAGUCCUGAACUUCAGACAGACCGCUUUGGCUUCAUAGUGCCAAAUGGAUCUGAAACCCGGAUGGUGGGCCCACAUCCUCAACUAGUGAGGCAGAGGGAAGCCAAGUGGAUCAACAUCAUGGACCAAUGGCAGACCAUCUUGUUAAAGAAGACUAACGUGGUCAAAGUGCAGUGUCAAAAAGGCAUCCCGAGUUCUCUCCGAGCCAGGUGUUGGCCUCUGCUGUGUGGUGCCACCAAUAGGAUGAACCACAACAAACAACUUUUCCAGUCUCUGGAUUCACAGGCCGCUCUGCAGAAGUGGGUGGAUAUUAUCGACAAGGAUUUGGACCGACAGUUUCCUUUCCACGAGAUGUUCCUCUCCAAGGAUGGACAUGGGCAGCAAGGUCUGUUCCGGGUGCUCAAGGCAUACACUCAGUACCAACCAGAGGAAGGCUACUGCCAGGCGCAAGGGCCAGUGGCUGCUGUUCUCCUGAUGAACAUGCCUGCAGAAGAGGCCUUUUGGUGUCUGGUCCAGAUUAGCGAGUACUAUCUACCUGGCUACUACGGUCCUCUAUUGGAGGGAGUCUUGUUCGACGCGAGCGUGCUGACCUGGGUGUUGAAAAAGACGUGUCCAUCUGCGUACAAACACCUGCAGCGCCACGCAGUGGAGCCCCUCAUGUUCGCCACCGAUUGGUUGAUGUGUUUGUUCACGCGACACCUGCCCUUCAACGCUCUCCUCCGAGUGUGGGACUUGUUUUUCUGCAAUGGGGUGAGAGUGCUACUGCAGGUGGCGGUGGUGCUGGUGCGUCGCGUGUUGGGUCGGGCAGAGCAGAGGAAGCGGUGUCAGGGCCAGAUGGAGACUCUGCAGAGGCUGAGGGAUGUCAGGUGUGAGGUCCAAAAAGAGGAUGACACCUUCAUAGCAGAGGUGUGUGCUGUGCCACUUACCUCCAGUGAUCUGGAGAAACAUACAGAGAAGGAGCUGCUAAAAUGGAGAAAAGACAGACCCUCGUCCACCUUUGACCCACGACGUCGCUGCCAUGGAUACCGCGUGGCGUGGGAUAGGGUUCAACUCAACCGGGCGGACCUGGACAGGGAAGAUAGAGUGACGGGAAACUUGUCUCUGCCUCUAGCCCGCUCGGCAUCCUGCCUGUCGCUGUCGCCUUCGCUGCUUCACAAGAGGUGGAGGAGAGUGGGGAACGACAGAGUACAGAAAGCCGUAGGUGGAGUUUCGAGGCAUCGCUCACUAGGAGCAAAUGAUUGCAGAAGCUGCAAUGAGGUGAAUUUGCACAUGACAAUGGAGGACAAAGGUGUCAAAAAACUAAAAGAAGCCUUAGAUGCAAAGAAGCAGACUGUCAAGAUGACAGGUGCAAUGAGAGAAAUGUCCCAUGGUACUGUUGUUCAAGAUAUUCCUUUGACUGCUGAGUACGCCUUCCACCAAGUCCCGGAAGAUGAGCUUCUAAAUGACCACAUAGACAACGAGUGUGAAGACUCGAUAGAUGAGACACAAAGUCAGAUGGAGUCGGAACCUCCAGAAGAGGUAACCUUAAACAUAAAUGCCACAAAGUCAGAGUCAGAAGUGAAAAGUGUGACUAAGAUAGACACAGUUGAUGAAAUUGCAAUGUCUAAGCUCCAAGCAAGUCCAGAAUUGGAUCAGGACAAGUCUAUUGAAGCUGUCAACAGGCAGCUGAAUGUUGUUACGGUGACUGACAGGAGCUUGUCACAGGGAAGCGCUUCUCUUUGCUGUCAGACAGAAAGUAACAACACAACUGAACAAAAACAAGCACGUAGGAAAAUAAUUCCCAGCCUGAAACAAGCCUCUGUAAAUGGGACUCCCCACGUGUCUGGUAACGUUUGCAUCCGUAAGUCCUCCACCACCCGCGGCUCAAAGUUAACGCGACACCUGUCGGAAGAGCUCUUCACCGACCCCGGUCAAAGCAUUAGCGAUGCCGUAUCUCCAAAGCAGACCGAUCAUCAGACCGACCCUCUCGAGACUGCUAACCAUUUCAGUCUUUUCAGCAGGCAGCCGAAAAAGUACACAGAGAGGGGCGCGGCCAAAAUCCAAGUGCCCACUAUCUUGAUCCAGGAUUUUAGUGAUGGGAUGGAAAAACUGGUUGUGAAGGAGGAGGAAUCGAACUCCAGAGAGAGGAGGUGGUGGCGGCGGCGUGAGCGAGAAUGGAGGGAGGAAAAGGAAGGAAAGUUAAGGAAGAAGAGAGAGAAAGAGGUCAAGAAGGAAAAGGAAAGAGAGAGGAGGAAACCACAAACCAGAGGAAAAAGUUUCCAGGUGCAAAGAGACACCAUUACAUGUUCUCCUUCUUAUGCUGAAGCUUACUUUUAAUACUGUACAUCCUCUCUUUGCUUUAUGUUCCAUUGGGGUUGAUGUAUUCAAAUGCUCCGAGUCAUCUCUUGUAAAUAAACAGAACCAUGUUUUCUUCA